AACACAGCUAGCCGCAACGUCCCCGUGUUUGUCUGUCAAGCAUGCUAACAUAGCACAGGCUCGGCCACCGUAGUUAUGAACCUGCAACUACGACACGCAUGCACGCGCAAGCUCACUGACACCAUUGCACGCAUGUUAUUAACGUUAACAACAGACCGAAGCUAAAAUAUUGGCGUCUAGCCAGUAGCUCGGCCAUGCUAACCCGGCGAUUCCCAUUCCUACCACCGCUAUUCUUUUGCCUUUGUUAUCCCCCGUAUACAGAGCUCGCCAUUACGUAAUAAUGCUUAUGACGGUCCACUGUCACCUUACCAUAAACAUGAUGAGCGGCCUGUUAUAAGCGUAUAAUAGAGGUGGACAACCUGCGGGUCGUGGGCCUCAGAGCAGAGCUAAAAACAAAUACCACUUCUUGGGAGCUGUUAUUAAAACCUCUACAAAUAGUCAGAGUGGCUCCUAUUACAUCAGUCAUGUGAGGGCCUGCACUUGGGAUCAUCCUAAAUGUUGCCGAGAACUAGGUCUCACUCCCCCCAUGUGCCCUGAAUGCCUGUGGACGCAGUCCUGUGCGCGCUGCACAAGUUGAAGUCGUCGCAGAGGGACAAGGUGCGGCAAUUUAUGUCCUUCACGCAGGCGGGCGAGAAGACGGCCGUUUACUGUCUCACACAGAAUGACUGGAAGCUGGAGGUGGCCACCGACAACUACUUCCAGAAUCCGGACCUCUACUGCAAGGAGUCCAUGAAGACGUCCGUUGACCGCAAGAAGCUGGAGCAACUUUUCAACCGGUACAAAGAUCCCCAGGAUGAGAACAAGAUCGGCAUCGAGGGCAUCCAGCAAUUUUGCGACGACUUGAUGCUGGAUCCGGCCAGCAUCAGCGUUCUGGUGGUGGCAUGGAAAUUUCGCGCCGCCACCCAGUGCGAGUUCUCCAAGAAGGAGUUCCUGGACGGCAUGACGGAGCUGGGGUGCGACAGCCCCGACAAGCUCAAAGCCCUUUUGCCAAGACUGGAGCAGGAGCUGAAAGACGGCAGCAAAUUCAAGGACUUCUACCAGUUCACCUUUAACUUUGCCAAAAAUCCCGGCCAGAAGGGUUUAGACUUGGAGAUGGCUGUAGCUUACUGGAAUCUGGUUCUUUUAGGAAGAUUUAAGUUCCUCGACCUUUGGAAUAGAUUUCUUUUGGAGCACCAUAAACGCUCCAUCCCAAAAGACACUUGGAACCUACUGUUGGACUUUGGAAACAUGAUCGCGGACGACUUGUCCAACUAUGACGAGGAGGGGGCGUGGCCAGUGCUUAUAGACGACUUUGUGGAAUUUGCUCGACCGAUCAUAACUGGAACAAAACGUAAAACUCUCUAAAAAAAAAAAAAAAACAAAGAACUGGGAAGGAGAGUAUUUCUUUUACAGAGACUUCAUCUGGAUUUUUUUGAAGGUGGAUUAUUAUUGUUAUUUUUUAUUUAAACAAUGGUGGCCAACAGCAGCACUUAGAGGAGAGUGCAGAGGAGGGACAUUUCCGGAUUCAUCUGGGCUCCUCCUGCCGGACCCUCGGAAUCCUGUGAGCGCACUCCGCUCCGGGAUGAACACUGAUGCCGCGCCAAGACGAGCGUAAAUGGACUGGAAAAGAAAGGACAAAGGAGUGCUCACAACACCAGCACCACAACUUGACCGUACAUACUGUAUCUAUUUACAAAAGAGAAUUAUAUGAAGCCUAAUAUAAAUAUGAUCCUGUUUAUAAAGCAUCCUUUUAUGUACUCUUGAAGAUGUCUCACGGGUUUGAUGUCAGUGUCGUGCAUCACCUUGAGGCUGUGAUUGCAUCUUCGAUUUUGGUACUUGCUGUGAAAUGUCCCCCCCACCCCAAAAAAAAAAACCAUCACAGCUCUAUGUUCUGAUUUCCUCUGCCCAAGGAACAUUUUGUCUAAACUGCUUUGAGUGGGAAUGGUCUUUCGGAAGUGUUUAAUCAUGUCUUCAAUGGAUGAAGGCAAAAUGGAGCACCUCUUGGCUGGGAACAAUCGAUUAACUCUCAAGUCUGCUGUUCAGAACAUUUAAGACCAAUCAAAUAAUUGAACCUGAGCAGCGUUCUUGAUACUUUUUAGACCGUCCUGCAGCAGUUAGGAGCUAUUCUGAAGCUGCAUUGCAAAAUGAAUGAUAAACAAGCCUUACUAAUUAUACAAAUGUUAUGUUUCUGUUCACCAUUAUUUACAGGUAGAGACAAAUGAACAUUCAUGUAAGUACAGUAUAUUGUUACAUUUAAAGAUCAAUAAAAGCAUGAGUUUUUCCAUAA